AUGUCGGAUUUAAUGAAAGGAGUCACUCUCAUCAAGAGAGACUUGACUGAGGUCAAGGCCGAAGAAGCUCUCAAGGGAAAGGUGAGCUUCGAAAAUGAGUUAUACCUGGGUAAAUGAUAAUUUUCAGGUAGUAGCUCUCUAUUUUUCGGCCGGCUGGUGUCCGCCCUGCAGGCAGUUCACUCCGAAACUUGUGGUUUAAUGAAUAAAUUCAGAAAAUGGCUGAUUUCCAUGCUUUAGAAGUUUUAUCAAGCCGUCAGAGCGGCUGGAAAACCGCUCGAAGUGGUUUUCAUCUCGAGGGAUCGCAGCAAGGCCGAUUUGGAGGAGAAUUUCCAGGUUCUGAUUGAAUUUUUUGAGGAGAAAUGGCGUAUUUUUGAUUCGAAAUAUAGUUUUCUUCAUGAUUUCUUGUGGAUAAGUUGUGUUUAAUUCCAAUUUUCAGCUGGAUUUCUCUCAAUUUUUUUCUAUGUCAAAAAGUUUUUCUAUUAUAAGUUCUCAUCAUCUUGAUCCUUUAGAAAAACAACGAAUUUUUAACUGAUUUUUAAAUUUAAAGUACUCUUUUUUUCCUAUAGGUUCAAAAAUAAUUUCGAAUCUAUGUUUUUUUCCUAGUGUUAAUUAAAAUAAUUGCUUUCCCAAAUAACGAAAAAAAUUCAUAUGAUUGUUUUUUUCCUGGGAAAAAAAGGAGAAAAACUUAAAUUUUUUUGCCUAGACGAAAUUUCCACGAAAACGGUUUUGGUUAACAUUUGAAUAAGAUUAUUUUUUUCGGGUUCAAAAUUGUUAAAAAAAGUUGAAAUUCUCACUGGUUUUCAAAGGGAUAAGUUACAAAUUCUGACGAAAUUGCAUUAAAAAAAAGUUUAUUUGUCGAACUAUCGAUGAUUUUUUUCAAAAUUUGAUGUGUUCCACUCUUUAUUUCGUACAGUGCGAUGCCGGAAAAUAUCCUUAAUUUUUCAGGAAAAAAACACGGCGAUUGGCUCUCUGUGAAGUUCGGGGACGAAAUCGCCACGUUAGUUUUUUUCUUUCAACUUUUUUUAAAAGUUAAAAUUUAUUUUUUUAGAAGAUAUCAAUCAAAAUUCGAAGUGAAAACAAUCCCAGUACUUCGAGUAAUCAACGCGGCCGGAAAAAUGGUGGUUCCGGAGGGAAAAAGCUGAAGUUCAGGUGAGAUUUAGAUUUUGAAAAUUGAUUCUAUAUUGGUGUGGGAUAGGAUAGAGCGAAAAAUAACGGCGUUGCAAGCCUCAGGGAAAAAAAAUUUAAAAAAAAAUUGACUGGGAAAGUUAGCUCUGUUCAAAAUAGCAACUGAAGAAAGAAUUGAGCCUCGUUUGAAUGGAAAUCUUCCUUUUUUGGCUAUUUUUUGAGUGGCUGAUUUUUCUAAGUCUUGUAUUUUGUGUACCUCUAAAACAUUGUGAAAAUUUGAUAGCUACUUUUUCAGGACAAGGGAAAGGCCGAUCCCAUCGGCAUUUUCAACAACUGGGAGAAGCUCUGCGCCUAA